GGUUGCGCCAACUGGUAGAGGAUGUUGCUAGCAGCCAGUGCAUUUUUAUCGCAAAUUCCUUUUGCAACGUCUGCUCCCGGAUGAAUGUGGGACAAAAUGGAGACCCCGACGAUUGUGUACGAUUUGGAUACCUCUGGGGGCUUAAUGGAGCAAAUCCAAACGCUGCUGGCGCCGCCGAAGUCCGAGGAGGUAGAGAAGAGGAGUCGGAAGUUGGUGAGAGACGUCCGGAGGAGCGGCAGGGCCACCAACCACGACACCUGCGAUAGUUGCCGGGAAGGGGGAGACUUACUCUGCUGUGACCACUGUCCUGCAGCUUUCCACCUCCAGUGCUGCAACCCACCUCUGAGUGAAGAAAUGCUUCCCCCAGGGGAAUGGAUGUGUCAUCGCUGCAAUGUUCGAAAAAAGAAGCGAGAGCAAAAGUCAGAGCAGACUAACGGCCUACCAGAAAGAUCUUUGGCAAAGCGUUCUGCGUCCCCUGCUGUGGAGCUGGAACUCAAUGCCGGACCACUGCGUCUUGAUGGUCUGCCUCCAGGGGCAGGAGCCGCGGGGCCUGGUUUGCGAGUGGCCCAGGUGCGCCUCUUGGACCGCAGGACCAGCAGCAGGCCAAGCAGCCGGCCCGGGACGCCCACCUCCAACACUUCAUCCACCCCAACCCCCUCAGAGGAGCAGAAUGAGGGCGAGGAGGAGGCAGUGGAGCCUGAGGAUGAAAUUCAGACUGCUGAGCUCGAGGGUUCUACUUUAUCCACUCCGACACCACGCCUUCUCAAGAGGCCUUUCCAGCUGCUGAUAGCAGCAGCUAUGGAGAGAAACCCCACACAGUUCCAGCUGCCCAGUGAGCUCACCUGCACCACUGCACUGCCAGGCAGCAGUAAACGGAGGAGAAAAGAAGAGCUACUAGGGAAGCCAUUCAGAAGACCUCAGCAUGAACUGGAUUCCAAUGGUCUAGUCCCUCUACCAGUCAAAGUCUGCUUUUCAUGCAACAGGAGCUGUAGGUUGGCUCCACUGAUCCAGUGUGACUAUUGUCCCCUGCUGUUCCACAUGGACUGUCUGGACCCUCCACUUACAGCUUUACCUGCUGGCAAAUGGAUGUGUCCAAACCAUGUUGAACACUUAGUGCUGAAUCAGAGGAGUCUGAGCCUGUCCAGCCGCUGUCAACUCUUUGACCAGUUCCAGGACAGGAUGUCCCAACACGCAGUCAAGUUAGACUUUCUGCGUAGAGUUCAUCGGCAGAAUGCACCCAACCGACGAACCACCCACCAGCACAGCAAGAGGACCAUUAAGGUGCCAGAUGCUAUCAAGUCCCAGUACCAGAAUCCUCCUUCCAUGCUCCUCCCUGCAGGGGUGCGCCAGCUGGAGCUGGUUUGCAGUGGUGUUCCUGACCAUCAGCCUUUAAAGCAUCUCACCACAGACGCUGAGCAGCAGGAGUGGCUUCAGGAUGUCAUCGCCCUCCAGUGCAGCAUUAUGCGACACCUGUCCACUAAGCAGAAGGCUUCAUCCACAGCAUCCACCCUGUCACCAGUAACAUUGCCAGCAGAGUGGGUUUCUGAGCAUAAAGCCAGUACUAAAUCAUGUGUAACAUCAGACGACAUGAAAACUCAGGCCUCUUUAGAAAGGACUUCAUCCCCUGACCCCCCUAAACCCUGCAGCACACCUGAUGUUGCACUUGGGGACUCUUUAUCAGCGGACCCUCUAGCAGAGAUGGGUGUUUGUAAAUGCAGCGUGACACCAUGUCAGAACUGUAGGAAACCCAAUGGACCGCUCGCAGAGGAGUGUCAACCUCCCAAAGCCAACGGACCUGUAGACUGUAACAGUGCUUCGGACUCAUGCAGGCAGGCUGAGCUGCAACAUAGACUGAAGCCCAGCGCAACUCCCCCACACUCAACUCCUGCCUCUGGGCUGGUGAACCACAUAGGAGCAGAAACGGUUAAAAAGGAGCCUGAGAGCAUCACAGAGGUCUGCGCUCAGAAAAACAGCCCCACUGCUCCGACGAUAUGGCCCCUCAGCGGCCAGCAGAACCACAGGACCCAGACUGAGUUUCAGGAGGAGAGCGUGAGCAGUGCUGAAAGACCCUCAGACACACCACCUAAAGGCAACCAGGAGCACGGCCCAACCAAGCUGGAGUCGUCAUCACCUGCUGCAGACAUCAAAGCUGGCCCCGGAUUGAUGGACUCAUUGUUGUCCAGCACUCUGUCGUCCAUUGCUAACCUGUCCAUCUGCAUGAAAGAUGGAAAAGAUGAAGAUGGAGGGAUCGAGCUAGAUAAACUAGAUGCAGAGAUGAUCAAGCUUCUGGCCUGGCAGAGGAUCCAGCAGCUCUUUCCCCCCAAAGUGCCCAGCACUCCGCCUCCCCUACCCAGCACUGCUGCCCCAAAAACCCCAUCACCCCGCCCUGACAGUCAAAAAAAGGUACAGGCCCGAGCUGUCUUCUACCCUCUGACAGGAAAAGGAGGAGCUGUUAGCAUGUGCUAUAGGACGUUAUACAUAGGAUCUGGUGCUGACAUGGACGUGUGCCUUACAAACUAUGGUCACUGCAACUACAUAUCGGGGAAACAUGCCUGUAUUUUCUAUGAUGAGAAUACCAAGCAUUACGAGCUGCUCAACUACAGCGAGCACGGCACGACGGUGGACAACGUCCUGUACUCGUGUGACUUCUCGGAAAAAGCCUCGCCGUCUCCACCCAGCGGCCUGGUGGCCAAAGUGCAAGGCAUCAUCCGUCGCAGUAAGAAGCGCGAGGAUGAUGAAGGUCCCAGCUCUGUGGUGGGUUUGUUGCUGGCUGGUGGCGUGAUGAGCAGCCAACCCCAGGGCAGCUUAGAACUGUCGUGCAGCUGUAAGGCGAGCAGUUCCAGUCUGAUUGGAGGCAGUGGCGCGGGGUGGGAGGGCACCGCCCUUCUCCACCAUGGCAGCUACAUCAAGCUGGGAUGCCUUCAGUUUGUCUUCAGUAUCACUGAGUUUGCCAGUAAGCAGCCCAAAGAAGAGCAGACUGCCACGCCUGCUGCCAGUUGCACUGGCAUCACCACCUCCACCAGCACCUCUAGCACCACUACCAGCACCACCACAACCGCAUCACCACCACCACCACCACCCAGUACUGCCACAGUGAGCAGCCCCUCCGGCCAGGAUGAGGCCGACACUGACACUGAUCCUCCCCACCAAGUGCCCAUACUGCAUGCCAACUCUGUUCCAUAACCCGCACAGGAAGUCCCUCCCUCUCGCCCUCCCUCCUUUUGUUUUGCACCUUCUGAGUCAUUAUGAAGGGAACGCUGCACAGCUGGUUGGUCAACAGGGAAAAGUUUAUUUUUUCAUUUUUAAUGGUUUAUAUCUUUGCAUGAACUUGAAGUAUUAUUGACAAUCUCUUCUGUUUUUGAACGACUGACAGUAACCUUCUGUUCACUUCAGACCGUUAAGACUUUGAGCGAUCAUUGUGUACCGACGCUCACUUUUUCUUUAGCCAGUAUAGUGGUUAUGUAUUGUGUACCAUUAUUUUGUCAGUCCCAUUUAGCACAAACCUUUUAUUUUGUAGUAUUGAAUAACAUACAUUCUAAUUUCUUUUGCUGCUUUUGCACCACAGGUAGCUAUAUAUGUAUACAUGCUUAUACACUAUAUGUAUAUAUAAUGUAAAUAUAUAUAAUUCAGUGCCUCUCAAUUGGAGAAACAUUGGAUUUCAUGUAGAUUUACCAUUUUUUGGUUUUUAACUGUACAGUACAUGGAAUUUGUGAUACUGUGUAGAGUACCAGAAGUUUUGUGAUAAAACUUGUUCUUAGUCUGUACUUUUCGCUGUAGUCCAUCUGUAAAUACCGUAUUGUUUUAGCACUCAUUUUAACAUCUUGUGCUGCUCUGUAUAUAAGCACUCUUUGUCUGUACCUGCUUGUCUGUUCAAACCUGUAAAUACAGAAAGAUUUUCUUAAGAACA